AUGCCCCCAAAGAGACAAAGGACUGCCGAAGGAGAUGCUGAAAGAAAAAGGCAACAUGCUGAAAAUAUGCGCAUGCGCCGUGCAAACCGUUCUGAAGAACAACGUUUAGAAGAACGCGAAAGAAAUGCAGAAAAUAAGAGAAACCGAAUUGCAAAUCUCUCUGCGGAAGAACGUUCCAUUGAACGAGAAAGACGUGCAGAAAUUGAACGAAACCGAGUUGCAAGUCUCUCUGAAGAACAGCGUUCCCUUGAACGAGAAAGACAUGCAGAGAUUGAACGAAAUCGAGUUGCAAAUCUCUCCGAAGAAAAACGUUCCAUUGAACGAGAAAGACGUGCAGAAAUUGAACGAAACCGAGUUGCAAGUCGCUCUGAAGAACAGUGUUCCAUUGAGCGAGAAAGGCAUGCAGAAAUUGAACGAAAUCGAGUUGCAAGUCUCUCUGAAGAACAACGUUCCCUUGAACGAGUAAGACAUGCAGAAAUUGAGCGAAACCGAGUUGCAAGUCUCUCUGAAGAACAACGUUCCGUUGAACUGCAACGGAACUCAAAGAACAAAAGACAUAGAGCUGCAAAUAUGGCAACCCCUCAACGUAUUGAACAAAGGCGUGCAAAUGUUGCGGCUGCAUCAACUUCAAGAGCCGCAACGAGGCUUAGAAAUCUAAAUCAGACCAUUCAUGCGGCAUCAAUUAAUAGUGCAUUGGCUUUUGCCUCAAUGGGAGCAAACAUCGCCCCUGGUCAAAUUUACCACAGAACUGGAUCCCUUCAUCCAACAAAUGGGGACCAAAGAAAAUGUGCCCAACUUUAUAUUCUUGACCCGGAUGAGGCAUGUGAUCAAAGAAUGAUGAUUCGUGAAAAUGCGCAUUGUAAUGCUGAAAUUAUGCGAGAGUUGAGCUCUUUCAUGGCUCAAAAUAAUCCUUUUGCUAAAGCAUUUAAAAUGCUUUACGAAGUUGAAAAAGAGUGUUUAGCAGAAGCUACACUUAAUGGAGUAGAACCAGCGACUGUAGCUAUGGCUAUUGUUCAAGAUCGUAAUUCUGAUCAAAGACGUUAUAAUGCACCACUAGUAAAUGAAGUUGCAGUACUAUUCCAAAACGCUGAUGGCGAACCUCCACUUGAAAGAGACAUUCUCAUCCAUUGUAGACCCAAUGAAAAUGAUUUAAAUCCUAAGAGAACAGAAAGGAUAAAUAUAUUGGAUCCCAAUUUGGAACCAAUGGUAUAUCCAUUAUUAUUUCCAUAUGGGGAUCAAAGUUGGGGAAUUGAUCUGAAGCUAAAUCGGCCCCCAUCAUUGGCAAAUAUGAGACAACCCUUUGCUAAUCCAAGAACACGAAUUACUCAAAUGCAGUAUUAUGGGUACCGUCUAUCAAUUCGUGACGAGCUAAACCCAUUUCUGUGUGCAGGAAAGCUGACUCAGCAAUACUUUGUAGAUGCCUACGUAAAAACUGAGGCAAACAGAUUAAAUUUCUGCCGACAAAACCAGGGCACUUUACGGGCUGAAUAA